AAUGCGCCUCAGCGCUGUGUGCCAUCCGCCAUUAAACCACCACCAGAAGAAGACGGUGUGCCUUACGUUCGUGCGUUCACCACAAGAGGACACGUGCGUGGUGCUUUUAGAGCUUCUUCUUCAGGCCGAGCUGAAGAAGCCUACACAUUAGCUGCUUAGCUAGCUUCGACGUGUCAAGGCGCGUGCUCAAACUCUCUCUCGCUUCUGGAGGAUCAGGGGGUCAUCGUCACCGUACUGAUCAUGGCCGUCAGGGCGUCAUUCGAGAAGAACAACGAAGUUGGCUGUUUCGCCAAGCUGACCAACACCUACUGCCUGGUGGCGAUCGGCGGCUCGGAGAACUUUUACAGCGUGUUUGAAGGCGAGUUAUCGGAAACCAUUCCUGUGGUUCACGCCUCCAUAGCAGGCUGUCGCAUCAUCGGGAGGAUGUGUGUCGGUAAUCGUCACGGCCUUUUGGUGCCCAGCAACACCACAGACCAGGAGCUGCAGCACAUCCGAAACAGUCUGCCAGACCCUGUGAGGAUCCAGAGAGUGGAGGAGAGGCUGUCUGCGCUCGGUAACGUCAUCGCCUGCAAUGACUACGUGGCACUCGUGCACCCAGACCUGGACCGGGAGACGGAGGAGAUUCUCGCAGACACGUUGAAGGUGGAGGUUUUCCGUCAGACGAUAGCGGAGCAGGUUCUUGUUGGCUCUUACUGCGCUUUCAGCAACCAGGGAGGUCUGGUUCAUCCGAAGACGUCCAUUGAGGACCAGGACGAGCUGUCGUCGCUGCUGCAGGUUCCUCUGGUGGCCGGCACGGUGAACCGGGGCAGCGAGGUGAUCGCUGCGGGGAUGGUGGUCAAUGACUGGUGCGCGUUCUGCGGACUAGACACGACCAGCACCGAGCUGUCCGUCAUUGAGAGCGUGUUCAGACUCAGCGACGCAGCACAGCCCUCCGCCAUCGCCACGAGCAUGAGGGACUCUCUGAUAGACAGUAUGGCGUAAGAGCCCCCCCCCCUGGAUUCCCUGCCAGCCGAGUUUCGGAACAUGACGCCGCUGAACCCUCUGUCCUCAAACAUGCUUCUGCAGAUGCGUGAUCGCUUUGUACGUUUUUUCAUGUUUUUGCCUGGGCUGCAAACCAUGGCAGAUGCCACGGGUCCCAUCUUUCUGCCGGUCCCCUUAACCCUUCUGUAGAUGGAUGAAGCACGUUCAACAUGAUCUGAAUGUAAACGGGCACUGAGGGAACCCGCUGGAGAAGGCCGACACGGAUCCAGAGCGUAAUGAGACUCGUGAUGUCUGAAACCUGAUGUGAGAGAGCGCAGCGUGAUGAUAUGAUGGACAUGUGGGCUUAAAUAAUAAAUCACUUUUUUAUCCA